AGGGAAGUGCGAUGAAAAAGCGAGGGAGAAGGUGAAAUCACAUCAGCACAGAGGAGAGACCAAACAAGGCGGAGAGGAAGGAUGAGUGGAGGAGAGAGCGCUGAUCAGUGAGGUCUCCAGAGAGGGAGAGGAGAGAGGAGACGAAGGAGAUGAGCAGAGAGAGGGGGGUGAGCAGCCAGCACUGAGAACAUCCAUCAGCUCAGGCAGCCAUGCUCUGAGCCCUGGAGCAGCAGGGCUACGCAGACACUGCACAGGCCCACCAUCAGGCCCAUCUCAGCCCUCCGUCCCAGCCACAAACACCAGGGCAGGGAUAAAAGAAGAUUCUCCUCACAUCAGCUGUACACAAGAGCCAUGAGGACAGCCAGGAAGGGCAGCGUGGAGAUGCCUGCGUUUAUGCGGCAGCUGGUGAAAGAGACGGAGAAGAGGGUCAGCUCUUUCUUUAAAGGGGGCCGUGGAGGAGCAGCAGAAGGAGAGCAGCCAGGGGAAGGGGAGAAGGAGGAGGUCAUCCCCAGCCCCUACCUGGACCGGCCGGUCCUAGACAAGCUUGCAGAGGAGGGCUGUGCCCGCUGGGGCCUCACCUAUGCCCUAGGAAGCAUGCAGGGCUGGAGGGCCAACAUGGAGGACUUCCACAACUGUGUGCCACAGCUGGGUGGAGAGCUGGCCGACUGGAACUUCUUCGCCGUGUUCGAUGGUCAUGCAGGCAGCACCGUGGCACAGCACUGCUCCCAGCACCUUCUGGGUCAUAUCCUGGCUACAGGGGGAAUAGGACCAGAGGACGACCCUGAAAAGGUGAAAGGAGCCAUCAUCGAGGGCUUCCUGCACACAGACAAGCACCUGCACUCUGUGGCCCGUCGAGAAGGCUGGGAGAGGGGUGGUACCACUGUGGUGGCCACUCUCAUCUCGCCAUAUUACAUCUAUUUUGCCAACUGUGGUGACUCAAGGGCCAUGCUGUGCCGGUCUGGCCAGGUUUGCUUCUCCACUGAGGACCACAAACCUUACUGCCCUCUGGAGAAAGAGCGUAUAGAGAGUGCAGGCGGCUCUGUGACCAUCCAAAGGAUCAACGGCUCCCUGGCAGUGUCCCGUGCUCUGGGGGACUUCAGCUAUAAGGGGGCAGAGAACCGGACACCCAGUCAGCAGAUGGUGUCACCAGAGCCAGAGGUGAGCGUGGUGGAACGCUCACCAGCAGAUGAGUUCCUGGUGCUCGCUUGCGACGGGGUGUGGGACACCAUCAGCAACGAGGAGCUGUGCGCCUUCAUCCACAACCGGCUGCGUGUCUGCACUGACCUGAGGGAUGUCUGCACUCAAGUCAUUGACCUCUGUCUCUAUAAGGGCAGCUUGGACAACAUCAGCAUCAUCCUGCUGUGCUUCCCUGGAGCCCCCCAGCUGUCAGCAGAGGCAUUACACCAGGAGGCCGAACUGGAGGACCUGCUGGAGUCCAAAGUAGCAGAGAUUUAUGAUGAGCUGUGUGCCAGAGGGGAGGAACCUGAUCUGCUGUCCGUCCUCACAGUCCUCGCAUCCACUGUCAUCCCUGGAUUACCACCAGGUGGAGGCAUACAGAGCAAAAGGAACUGCAUUAUUUCCGCUUACUAUCAACAAAGAGAGACACACAACCCCACACUGCCAAAUGGCCUUGGAGGCUCCUGAGAAGCCCAGCAGGAUUUGUCUCCAAGGAUCCAUGGAGGGACUGUAAUUAAUGUCAGUAUUAAAACUGUUUUCUUCAUGUGUGCAAUUUGACAAAAAGGGAGAUGAUUAACAGACACAAACGUUUGUUUGCAUCGUGCCAGUAAGCAGCAUCUUGUCAAAACAAAUACAAUGCAAAAAUAGAUAAAGCCUGAUACAUUUUAUAUUUAUACAAGAAGGACAUUUUGUAAAACUUACUCAGAGAUACUAAUCCAGCAACAAACUUCUGCCUCAUAUUCAGCGAACAGAAGAUACAGAUACAAAUGAUCUGUAAAAAUGAAUAACAGCCAACUGUGAGAUUGUAAAGUUUCAUUGGAUAAAAUAAGGAACAUGAGUAUAUGUAGGGUUAUAUUUUAAAGAUGAUGUUAAGAAUAGAUAUAAUAAUAUAAAUGAUAAAAAAGUUUAUUGUAUGAAGUUGUUCAGUUUGCCUUCCCUAUGCAGGAAGGAAAAAUGUGUUGACCGAAACGUUAUCAGUGCUAGUCAAAAGCUAGCAUGCAGCUAACAUAUCAGUUUGUUUUUCAACAGGUAGUGCUAACAGUGCUAACAGCGCUAACAGUGCUAACAGCUGGCCAGCUGAUGGGAAUGCACAAAUUUAUCUUUUCCCCUCGUGGUCAAAAGUGACAGGCAAAUAAACACUGAUUAAAUAUUUAAUUCUACUAAUUAAAUCUCGACACAUACACAUACACAUGAAAAAAUACAUUUCACACAUAAUUUAAACUCUUUUUGAAGAGGUGUUUUCCUUUUUGUUUUAUAUUAAACAUGUAGAGCAAAAUGCACUGGGCUGGAGAGAUUACUGGAAUAAGUUUACUUCUUAAAAUAAUUUGAUAUAUUAUUUUAGAGAGCUAUAAAGCAUGUCGCGGUUUGAUUGUGACUAAUAAUUGAACUCAAAGUAACAAUUGGCCAAAUACCCUAAAAUCUAUAUUUACGGACUGAUCACAAUAUAUUUUACAUGAAUAAGUUUAACAUGUACACUUUUUUUUUUUUGCGGUUCUCUUUAUAUAUUAACCAUAUUUCUAAACACAUUCUUCAAUACAGUGUAUGUGAAAUGUGUUUUUUCCAUAAGUUGAAUCAUAUGUACUGUGAUGCCUUAUUCAUCUUUUAUAUAGUUGAUAAAACAAACAGCAUCAGGACAGGUCAGUUUCAGGAUGGGUCAUUUUAUCUGCAUCAUACUGCAUCGUUAAAUUAUUUCAGUGAGUAAUUUACUGUGUAUAAACAUUACAUGUUAAGAGUCAUGAUUGUUUUAAAACUAAAUAAAGAAUAUUUGACUGAC